UUCUUUCCACCAAUGUAUGUAACGCUACGAUUCCCUUUCUCUUUUUAAGUAUUUAUAUCGGACAUUUAAGUUCAACAUACACAUGUCGGACACGUAAAGGUGCACUUGUUUGAUGAAGGGCAAGACUCCCAAGACUUUCCUCCUAUUUUAGUUUUGCUUUUCCACCUUGUCUGCUACCUCUGGACUCUACCUACCAUGGAGGCUUCUCAUAUCCUCACAAGCUUUGAAACUGAAGAACAAAGCAGCAGAGAGUCUGGUUGGACCAUGUAUAUUGGCUCCUCCAUCCAUGAAAAUGAUUAUAAUACUUACGAGCAGGAAAGCCAUCACAAGAACCGCCAGUGUCCCAAUGGCUACAAUGAAGAUGAGAGCGAUGAUUCAAUGGCUUCUGACGCCUCUUCUGGGCCAAGCCACCACAAGUUUCCACCGAGCGGUGAGCAGAAUUCGGGGAUGAACCAUUUCACGCAUGGAAGUAUUGUUAAGUCCAUCUCAACGGAGAAACUUCAGAAACAGGUGAUUAAAAGGGACCAAAGAAGAAACAGACAUGGGAAGGGAAAGUUAAAGCUUAAGACAAUUAGUGCUCCUAGUCGUGUUCAAAGGGGAUACAUAAGCAAAGAUGAUGAAGCAGGAAGAAUUGGUGUGUCUCAAAUUUCCCAGUCAUAUUUAGAGAUGUGUGAUGAAUGUUGAAUGGGAUUGACUGAGAGAACUUCAUAGAUGUUUUAGGAUGAUAUAUAUGUGUGUUACAUAAUUUUGAGUUUUUAAUGUUUUCUAUGUAACCUAUGAACUUUGAUUGUUGUUGUUCUUGCUGCUGUUGUCAUCAUCCUUUUAUGUAGGAAAUGAAUUUUCUUUUUUUGAUGGAAAA